AUGAGAAAACACGAGUCAACAGUUCACACGACAACCAGUCGCGAGCCAUUUAUGCGAUUAUUCGCAACAUCAAGAGUUGGGCUCAGGCGAGGUACUUCCUUGCAGUCGAAUAUGGCUGCCGAAAUGAAAAGGGUAUACUGCCCUAACCACCCUGAAGACUUGGAGAGUUACAGCUGGGAUCCUAUCAUUCAUGAUUGUAUUCUAACGGAUGAGAAUGGAACUGAAGAGACAGACGGGGAGCCUGAGAUUGAAGCAACUCAGGCCUUGGUGGGAGCUGCUGCAGUCAAGUCUUCAAAGGACGUACUUGAAGCUUUGGCAGAGGAUGAUCCCGAUUACUCCGAUGACUCCGAUGAUGAUGACUACAUAGUUAGUUGA